AUAAUCACUUUGUUGAGUAAUGCUGUCGCGCAGUUCAAGAAAUAUAAAUGUCCAAGAAUGAAAAGUCAUUUGAUGGUUCAGAUGGGAGAAGAAUAUUACUAUGCUAAAGAUUAUGCCAAAGCUUUGAAGCUCUUGGAUUAUGUCAUGUGUGAAUAUCGCAGUGAAGGAUGGUGGACUCUUCUCACUUCCAUAUUGACGACAGCUCUCAAAUGUUCAUAUCUGAUGGCCCAGCUAAAAGAUUAUAUAACGUACUCUCUAGAGCUACUGGGCAGAGCAUCUACUCUUAAAGAAGAUCAGAAAUCUCGAAUAGAAAAAAAUCUGAUAAAAGUUCUAAUGAAUGAAAGCCCUGAUCCUGAACCUGAUUGCAAUGCUGCUGCUGUGAAAGCAUCACAAAAAUUGUGGGCUGACCGUGUUUCCUUGGCAGGCAGUAAUAUUUUUACGAUAGAAGUCCAAGAUUUUAUACCAUUUGUGCAGUGCAAAGCAAAAUUUCUUGCUCCUAGUUUUCACGUUGAUGUUCCUGUGCAGUUUGAUGUGUACUUGAGAGCUGAUUGUCCUCAUCCUAUCAGGUUUUCUAAGCUCUGCAUCAGUUUCAAUAAUCAGGAUUACAACCAAUACUGUGUGGUAGAAGAAGCCUAUCAAAAAAGUGAUAUCCUAGAACAGUCAUCGCAAGGAACAAUGUGCUUAGUCCCUGGCAAAACGAGAAAGUUCACUUUCAAAUUUGUUGCAAAAACUGAAGAUGUAGGAAAGAAGAUUGAGAUCACCUCUGUGGAUUUGAUCCUGGGAAGUGAAUCUGGCAGAUGUGUGAUUCUGAACUGGCGUGGAGGAGGUGGAGAUGCUGCUUCAUCUCAAGAAGCAUUGCAGGCAGCACGUUCCUUCAAGCGAAGACCUAGGCUUCCAGACAAUGAAGUGCACUGGGACAGUUUGACUAUUCAGGCAAGCACUAUGAUUAUUUCUAGAGUGCCAAACAUUUCUGUUCAGCUCCGUCAUGAACCUCCUGCCCUGACUAAUGAAAUGUAUUGUUUGAUUGUGACAGUCCAGUCACAUGAGGAGACAGUGGCCAAAGAUGUUAAGCUUACAGCAGGAUUAAAGCCAGGGCAAGAUGCCAACCUGACUCAGAAAACUCAGGUGACGCUUCAUGGAACAGAUACAUGUGAUGACUCCUUUCCUGCACUGCUUCCUGAUAUCCCUGUAGGAGACUUGCAACCAGGGGAAAAGCUGGAAAAACCAAUAUACAUUCGUUGUGGAACAGUCGGUAUAAGAAUGUUCCUGGUUUACGUUUCUUACUUAAUCAACGCUAUCGUUGAGGGGAAAGAAAUCCUCUGCAAGUGUCACCGGGAUGAAACUGUAACCAUAGAAACAGUAUUUCCUUUUGAUGUUGCUGUCAAAUUUGUCUCCACAAAGUUGGAGCACUUGGACAGAGUAUUUGCAGAUAUACCAUUUUUACUGAUGACAGACAUCCUGAGUGCUUCUCCUUGGCCUCUCACUAUUGUAACCAGCCAGCUACAGCUGUCAGCUUCCAUGACCCCAGUAGAUCAACUGGAAUCCUAUGUGGAGAAUGUUGUUUUACAGACAGGUGAGAGUGCCAGUGAGUGCUUUUGCCUUCGAUGUCCUCCAGUUACUAAUACUAGUGGAGUGGCAACUGGGUGCUAUAUCAUUUCCUGGAAGAGAAGUUCACCUGUGGAAAGUGUACCUGUUGUUAGUACAGUCAUCACUCUACCACACGUGAUUGUAGAGAGCAUUCCCCUCCAUGUUAAUGCAGAUCUGCCAUCAUUUGGUCGAGUCCGAGAAUCCCUACCUGUCAGAUAUCACCUGCAAAAUAAGACCAACUUAGUCCAGGAUGUGGAGGUGUCAGUGGAACCCAGUGAUGCCUUCAUGUUCUCUGGCCUUAAACAGAUCCGAUUAAAAAUCCUUCCUGGCACACAGCAGGAAAUGUUAUACAACUUCUAUCCUCUGAUGGCUGGAUAUCAGCAGUUACCAUCUCUUCAUGUGAACUUGCUGCGGUUCCCAAACUUCACUAAUCAGUUGCUCAGACGAUUCAUACCAACGCACAUUUUUGUAAAGCCUCAGGGUCGUCAAGCAGAUGAUAACUCGAUUGCAGCUGCAUAACUUUGAGACCUGUACCUCUGCACUUAAAGAAAAUGGGAUGUUGCACAGAAUAUGUAAAGCUCACUUUGGAAACAUGGCUUUGAUCAAACCAUAAGAUUUACAUUUUAUUUUUAAAUUACAACUCUUAGCAGAACUAAUGUUUUAAAAACCUAGUCUUUCAUAGACUUUCUUUAAGGAAUAAACACAUGGGGAAAACUUGGUGCUUUAUUUAACAGAAACAUUCUUUUGAAGUUAACUUUGAAUGUCAAACUCUUAGAAGUAUAUUAAGGCAUAUUAAAUGUCUUGAGUAUUUAAGAGAAGAAAUGCUAAUUCAUUUGACCAAAACAGAAAGACAUUUUCAUAACUAACAGUAAGUUGAAGUGCAAAGUUUGUACUUACUAUUAGAGACUUACAACAUUGAAACUGAUCAUCCUGCACAGAAGUUUGUUCUGUGCCAUUUGUGUUGAGGGCAGAACAGGGUGUGUAGUAGCACAGUAAACUACAGAUGGUUACGUUGUACUGUUGGAAUUGAGCGGCUUACUAGUUCUUUAAAACCAUAAAUCUAAAAGGCACUAUUUCUUCUGGGUAAGCCAUACAUCCAAAUUUGAAUUCAGCAGCUAGUUUAAUGAACAGAGAGAUUCAUUCGUAACAGUUGAACUAUCCAACCUGAAGCUGAUAUGGUUUUGGAUUAUUUUUACACACACAGCUUCCAGAUUAAAGGUAGUCUUGGUAGUCUCCUGCUGUGUAAAUUUAAGAAAUGGACAUCCUACUGUUGUACAGCUCUGGAUGAACUGGUGUUUAAAAUACAGUAAAUCGUGUAUAUAGAAAAAAAAAGCAUUGUGAAAACUUCAGUCGUUCAACUUUCUAAAUAAUUACAUUUUGAUUGCUUGGGAAAUACCUUAUUUAUUGUCAAAGUGAAGUUCUAAUAAACAGCUUGUAACAGAGUGCUUCUGAAA